GAUGAAGGAUGAAGGAUGCAUGGCUGUGAUGAAGGUCUUCUGAUGCUGAUGAUGGGCGGGAAUCAGUCGCGUGGAGCACCGCUGCUGUGUGAGGAUGAGGAGGCAUUCCUGGCUUCCCUCUGACUCUGAGGGUUUAGAUGUGUGUAAGAAGCUGUCUGUCAGAGAUGACAAUGAUCAGAAUCAUCAUGGUUGGUUAACUGUUUCCUUUGACCACUUUCAGAUUCUCAGAGCCAUUGGGAAGGGAAGCUUUGGAAAAGUGUGUAUCGUGCAGAAGAGAGACUCCAGGAAGAUGUAUGCCAUGAAAUACAUGAACAAACAGAAAUGCAUUGAAAGAGAUGAAGUCAGAAACGUCGUCCGAGAGCUGCAGGUCAUGCAACAACUCCAACAUCCGUUCCUCAUCAACCUGUGGUUUUCGUUUCAGGACGAGGAGGAUCUGUUCAUGGUGGUGGAUCUGCUGUUGGGUGGUGAUUUACGCUUCCAUCUGCAGAAGAAGGUUGGCUUUAAUGAGCAAACGGUCAAGCUGUACAUCUGUGAGCUUGUGUUAGCGCUCGACUAUCUGCAGCGCUCGCACAUCAUCCACCGUGAUAUAAAGCCAGACAACAUUCUCUUGGAUGAACGUGGUCAUGUCCACAUCACAGACUUUAAUGUGGCCAUGAUUCUGCAGGGCUCAGAAACAGUCUUCUCAAUGGCAGGAACCAAACCCUACAUGGCACCAGAGGUGUUUGUCUCGUUCGUGGACGGAGGUGUGGGAUAUUCGUUCGCUGUGGACUGGUGGGCUCUCGGCAUCACUGCAUACGAGCUCCUGCACGGAUCGGUGUGCUUAUCAACUCAAACCAGAGCUACAAACACAUAACCCAGAGCAAAUUGCAUCAUUAUUAUUAUUAUUAUUAUUAU